UGGCUGUCAAAACGCGGACAUUUUUCAUAUCUAUAUACUGAUAAACAUGUUCGCAGUUGUGAACGCGUUGAAUAUCAAAUUCUCCUCAGGGACAAAUUCGAAAAGGGUUUUUCUUUUUUGGUUAAUUAUUAUUAGUUAUUGCCGCGACCAAGUCAACUGCAUCCUGAAAUGAGUGACCGUUUUGAUUUAUUGCCAAAUUCAAAUCGAUUUCACACUAGCAGCAGAUAGAAUCAGAUGUUCAGGCGCUGUUGCGUUGCCUUGGUUACCGAACUAGCCUAGCGUGGAUUCAGCGUCCUCUUGGUUGGAAUCUGCUAGCUGUUUAGCUAAGGUGGGACAAUUCUAGCUGUAUGCAUUCUGUUAGCUAGUUAAUCCGAAAACGUAACGCAUUUAGUUCUUUAUAUUUAUUCGACCUGUGAGUCUUGGUAAUGAACAUCCUCCCAGUGUUGCCUGUUGAUCAGCGGGUAAGGCAUAAAAGAGAAGAUGUGAUGAGCCUGAGCCUGAGGUAAGGCUGUAAGGAGAAUGCAGUAUUGUUCCUGUGGACUGCAGUGCUGUAAAAGAUGAAGAAAAUAUUCAGUUUCACAAAAAGAAGAAAAGGAUCUCCAAGUGCUUCAGAAACAGCCAGUGUGCUUUCUGUAGGCUAUGACCUGAAGGAGAAAGACUUGGGCAAGGUGCACAAGGCUGCAUUCAAUGGAGAUGUGGCUAAACUCAAACAGCUCGCCAAAAAGAACGAUUUAAACCAGCUUGAUAAAGAGAACAGAACUGCACUACAUAUAGCCUGCGUUCAUGGACACACAGAAGUGGUUCAGUACUUGGUGGAAAACAAAGUUAAGCUCAACCUAUGUGACAAUCAAAACCGCUCUGCUUUAAUGAAGGCGGUGCAAUGUCAGCAGGAUCGAUGUGUGUCCACCCUCCUGGAGCACGAGGCAGAUCCAAACUUGGUAGAUAUCAACGGGAACACAGCAUUGCAUUUGGCUGCCCGCAUACCCUCGGUGCCUGUGGCGCUGAAGCUCCUUGAACACGAGGCUAACAUCAAUGCCCAGAACAAGGAUGGAAAUACUCCCUUGAUAUUGUCAGUCGAAGAAAAUCAUGCAGAGAUGGCAGAAUUUUUUUUAAAGGAGGGCGCAGAUGUUAAUCUCCAGAACAAGGAACAACGAACCCCUUUACUUAUUGCUGCUUGCAAUGGCCAAAUCAGUAUGUUGCGACUGCUCUUGCAGUAUAAUGCCGAUAUCACUGUGAAGGAUAAUAAAGGAUGGUCAUCCGACGACUAUGCUGUGAUGAAUGGGCAUCAUGCUUGUUCACAUCUAAUCAUUGAGCAUGGGGCAAAGAGAAAGCCUUUGCAGUCACCCUCCCAUCUUCCCUUCAGUAAAACCAAGCAGACUUCAUUACUGGCCAGUCCAAAGGCUGGCUUUGCUCUCGGAGGUCCAACUAUAGGCAAAGAUGGAAAAAGUGCAAAAGAAGGGAAAGAUACAGAGGACAAUUCACAUGCAGACUCUAUCAGUAGAGCAUCAAGAAGUGGUCCUGCUGAUUCCUGGCCCUCUACAGAUGAUGAUGAUGACAAUGAAGACCUUGAUCUGGGCCCGAAGAAGCAGCCAAAGCUAAACUUGAAGAAACUCAUGAGUGCCUCCAAAAUUGAGGGGAAAGGAUGUGACAAGUUGCCCUGUGGCAGAAAAUUGGAUGUAGAAGCCAGUGAGAGUCCGGAAGAAGACUCCGUGGAAGGUGAAGAUGUGGAAGACAGUGAAGAUGAGGAUGAAGAUGAAGGUAAAGAAGAUGAUGAAGAGGACAAUGAAGAAAGUGAUGAAGAUGACAGUGAAGAAGAUGAUGAAGAAAGUGAGGGUGAAAGUGAACAAGAGGAGGAAACUAGUGUUGUAAAAACUCGAGAAGGUUACAAUGUGGGAGAAGUUCAUGAGAUGUCAGAGAUCACAGCUAUGGAGAGAACUAAGGACAGCUGUGAUAUUCACAUGCAGGCCGAUAUAAACUCAGAAGUUACAGUACAGCUCAAGCCAUCAAACACAUUGAUUUAUGAGAAUGAUGACACUAAGGACCACUUUAGUUUGAUAAAAUCAAAAGCCUCAGAAUCCAAUGAUCUUAUAGAGAAGGCAGAAUCAGAGUAUACAGAGAGACAAAAAAUAAUGAAUUCAGUGAUUACAGAUGUUGCCGUAGAGAAGAGAGGUCCAAGUAUAGAAAAUGAUCCUCUUUUAACAGCCAUUAGGGUUGAGUCUACUUUCUCUGAUGAGAAAAAUGAGUACAGUAACACAGGCACCUUAAAUGCUUUUAGAACACCUCUCCAGAUUUCAGGCACUACAUCAAGUACUGAGAAGAAUUAUGAAGGUGAUGGUGAUGAGGAGAACUGGGAUGAGGAUGAAAACAGUGCAUUGGCUUGUAAACAUAGUAAUUUUAAUGUUUUAAAAUUUGAAGAAAAUACUUUAAUAUUUGAAUCAAAUAUCACAUUUAAACAAAGUAAGAUUGAUGAAAUGGUAUCUAAGCAACCUCAUGAAAUAGGUGAUAAACACAUUACUAAUGACGUGAAGGCUUGUUGUACUGCUUCACUGGGAUCACUCUAUCCGUGGUCCCCGAAUCAAGACAAAGCAGGUAAUGAUUAUAAUAAAGAAAAUGUAACCGAUGCAACAAAGCCAUCAAAAUUAUUUUUGGACUUUCUGAGACAUAAAGAAGUAAAGACACCUGAAGACACCUGGGGACCUACUGCAGUUAAUGAGAAAGGAUGUUCAGUGGAAUGCGAACCUUCAGACACUGAACCAGUAAAUCUUUUUGUAUUUGACAGUAAAAUUAUGAGAACUGAGCACUGGACAGCGUUACAUGAUGAAAAAGAUGAUGAUCAUGAUCAUGAUGAUCAAGAGAAUUUGCCAGUGUCCAUGAUCAUUGGUGUUGAUGACUUAGAAGAUCUAGAAACUAUUAACAGGUUGCCUGCGGAAACUGUUGCUAAGGAUGGUGAACUUGUAUGUCAUGAAAAAAUCCCACAGACAGUUAUUGAUAAUAUUGAUGUUUCUUCUCAUUCUGAUAAUGAUGAUAAAGAUGGAGAACAUGGAAAUUCAAAGGUAGAAGAGCACGUAAACCAUUCUAUUCCAAAGCAAAGAACAUUGCAGGAAAAAGUGGAAAAAUCAUUUUCAGAAGAUGAAUAUGACGAAGAGGAUGAUGAAGAAGAAGAAGAAUAUGAUGAAGUACAAAAUGAAAUAACAGCGGAUGAGCAGCUACAAACUUCUAAAAAAAGGGAUUUUUUGUCAGAGUUAGGAAUCGAAAAGGAAUAUGAAGAGGGGGAUUCGCCUUGGGACUCAGUGUCUGGCUCAGAUAGUCCGAGCAAGAAGGAGCGAAGUGGGCAGAACUCCCCAACCAAGUCACAUAAACCCAUGUCUAGUAUUUGUCAGGAGAGCAACGAAGCCCUGCAUUAUAUUCCAUCUUUCUUAAGAGGAUCGAGGCACGGUAGGGUAUUCAGGAGUGUUGCUCAGUCUGGAGGCCAGAGGGCAGUGGUUUUAAGGACUGGUCAGGCAGAAGAGGAUAAAAGUGAUGAAGAGAAAUCACAAAAGCAGCAAAAAGUGCUUAAUACAAAGCCAUUAUCAGUGCUGAAUAAGCUGCUGGAGUCAAAAGAGGCUGGAAAAAAGACAGAUGUAAUGGAGGAACUUGGUUUAGGGGAUGUUGGUGACCUUGAAGAUGCUUCAGACUGGGACUCAGCAAGUACCACCAGUAAAGCCAGUAAAAACCCGCCCGUCUACAAACACGAGGAAGAGUUAGUAAAUGAAACACCAGUGUCUCUGCCAGUUGUCCAAGAGCAGGAACUGCAUACAUCUGUUGAAGCUGUCAAGACAAAAAAGGAAGAAGGAAAAGAAUCUCCCGUUUUAAAAACUCGUCCAAUGCCAAGUCCACGCUCAUUCAAACCUCUUACUAGUUUACAACCUGAACCUCAACUUCAAAAAGUUACUCACAUGGAGUCUGUUAAGAAACCAAUAAGUGAUGAAGAGUCAGACUGGGACACAGACAACACCUCCAGUCCUGCAAAGAUGCCCGCUCCACUGCCAAACAUAUCCAAGACUGAAACAGUAUCACCACCUGGUGAAGAAGGAGAGAGUGAUAUUAGCUCACAGGCUAAUGAACAUCCAGAAGAGGAGAAAAACACAUUAGAUGUACUUGAGAUAGCUCUAAGUAGUUCAUAUCAUCUAGCCCCCUCUGAAUCCCAGAACACUGUGGUAGAGGAGAAAGAAGAGGAUAUAGACAAUACAUCUUUCCAUGAGACUACCUGGGAGCAACGCUAUGAGAAAAUCUGGGUGGAAAUUGAGAAAAAGGAAACAAAAUCUCAAUACAAAAACGUAGCCGCUGAGCUUAAAGAAAGAUUUGGCGAGCUAGAGCAUAAGGAGCAAAGUGAGACUGCCAAGGACAAAAAGGCCAAAGAAGAGAAAGAAGAAACAACCGAAGGUAUAAAGGAAGAUACAGACAUUUCUGAGGGUGCACCCGAGGAAGACUCCAGUGAAGAUGAGGAAGAGUUGAUAGUGCGACCCACUACACGAGCUAGAGGUGCCAGGCUGCUGCCUAUUCCUGAGCAGAGAGAGUCUGGACAAGAAGAAUCCUACUCUGAGGAGCUUCCCAAUAAUGAUUUUGCCAAAAACAAAGAUAUCCAGCAAAAUUUUUCAGAAACUCAGAAUAAAAUGUCUCAAGAAGCAGAAAGCAGCUCCAACCAAUGGCUUGCCAGGAGUGCAGACUCUUUCUCUAGUAAAGGUGAAAAUAAGGAGAAUGUAAGAUUGGCUCCCUUGGGUAAACUCGAAACGUCAUUUGGUGUUAACCAAGAAUCUUCUCAAGAAGCUGGGAUUUAUCAGAUGCAUUUAGUUAAAGAGUCAGUGGUCCUUCCCUCUGUGCCAGAUGCAGGUUCUUGCAACUCAGAUGAGUUGGUUGAUUGGCCCAAAAAGAGGUCCAUAACUGAGGGUGGUUUGACAGAGGCUGGUGUCAUGAGAGCAGAACUUAAGUCCAGUGCCUUAUGGAAGACCUGUGGUGCUGCUAAACAAACUGAUGUUGACCAAGGAAAAGGCAAGAAAGCAGACACCAACCCUGACAAGCCUAACCCUAAACAGGAAGAGACAUGUGAUAGUGGAUCUCAGAAGGAUGAUGCUUUAAUGAAAGGGGAUCAUAUUUCACCAAAAUGGCCGACAAGGAGCCCAAGGAGGAGGACACUACUACUUGAUGUUGAGGAGAACAAAGCUGUGAGUAGCCAGGGGAACCUGCUACUUGUCCCUGCGUCAAAGCAAUCUAGACAUCCCUGCCCUGCGAACCACCAUAAUGGAGGUCCCGUGUCUGUGUUUGAUGAUAGUACUUUAAGUGAGGUGUCAGAAGAUGAAGCAAGGUCUCCAACCUCACGGCAUAGGACUGAGAAAAAGAAUGGUGAAGAGUUGGAAAUGGCGGAUGACUUUGAAGACCUCACACAGUCGUCUGACACAGCUACUGAAGAGCUGGACUCUGCUACCUCAGGCUACUUUAAUGCCUCUCUACUCAUCAAGCAGCUGGACAUCAGCACUAUAGAUUCGAUGAGCAUGGUGAAAUUGCAGAACAUGUUCCAUGAGUAUGAGAACACAAUCAAGAAAGAACGCAACAGACACAGCCGACUGGCUGAUAAGAUUAUUAAGCUGGAGCAGGAGCGGAAUGAGCUCAAACUCCUGCUGGAUGAGAGCAGAGAGAGCAAGUCCAACCUGGAGCACCUCCGACUAGAGCUGGAGACAGACCUCAACAACCUCAAGUUUCUGCUGAAGCAAGAACAGGAAAAGCAACAGAGUGCGUCUAUGCUGUAUGAUAAGACCCGAGAGCAGUUGUUUAGGAAAGAGGAACAGCACCGAGAAGAGGCAGAGGAGAGGGAGAAAGUGGAGCUCAAAAUGAGGAACCUGGAACUAGAGAUGAGGGCCCUGAUGAACAACAUGAAGCAGAUGGAGGAAGACAGGAAUGAAACCCAGCGUCUUUUGGCCCAUGAGCAAAGUGCUCGAGCCUUACAGGAGGAUCUACUGAAUAGUCACCUGCGCAAGCAGCAGGACCUUGAGGAGAAGAACCUCAGGAACCUUACCAAGAGCACUGAGGUUCCUUCCCACCUAACUGAAGCCAGUGAGCGUGAAAGGGAGCUGCAGCAGCAGGUCUGCACUUUGCAGGAGGAGCUGAGCUCAGUACGGGCUGAGCUAGAGCACUUUCGUUCCCUCAGUCGGCAGGAGGAGAGCAGACUGGUUGACGAAAGAGACGCACUGCGGGAAAAACUUGAGGAUGCUCGACGUGAUCUAAAGCUUAAUGAUGAGACUCUAGCCCAGACUGUCUUCCAGUACAAUGGGCAGGUGAGCACCCUAAAGUCAGAGUGUGCACUGCUUAGCACGAAACUGGAGCACGAGAGACAGGUGCGCCAACAGCUGGAGGCUGAGGUUGAGACCAGCAAAACACGGCUCCAGGGAGCAUUACAGGAGACCGAGAGGUGCCAGGCGGCUCGUGCAGAGACUGAGCGCAUCCUACAGCGCGAGCGUGAACAGAAUCAACGAUCUGAAGAGAAGCGGUCAUCAGAAUCCAGCUCACAGCGUGACACCAUCCAGUCACUUUCUCAGAAGCUGAGCGAGGCUGAGUCCCGUGUCAACAACCUGGAGAAUGAGUGGCACAGAGCCACUUUAAGUUUGGCUGAGAAGAGCGUGUUGCUGGAGACAGCAGCUCGUGAACGAGAACAGGCCCGUGCACGAGUCGAGGAGCUGGAGGGGACGUUGCAGAGUGAGCGUGAUCGGGUUAGCCAUGCCACCGCAAGACAUGAUGCCAUGCAGGAGAGGCUGGUACAGGCACAGACCGAGGGUGCCUUGCUCAGGCAGCACUUGGAGGAGGCGAAGAACAGAGGCGCAGCCAAGGAGCAGGCCGUUACAGAUGCGCAGGAGUGCUUUGCUCAAGCUCUGAACCAGCUGCGUGCUAAAGAGGAGGAGACAGCACACAUAGUUAAGGAGAGGAGUGAAGAGCUGGCAACCAAAAACGUAAAGCUCCAAGAAAAAAACUACAGACUAGAGCAAGAGAAAGCUGAUCGAGAGAGUUCUUUAAGGGAGCUACAACAGGAGCUGGCUAACUCUCUAAAGAAGCUGUCCAUGUGUGAGGCAUCUCUGGAGGUAAACACUCGGUACCGCAAUGGCCUGGAGGAAGAGAAAGCACGCACUCAGAAGGAAAUGGACAGACUCAGGGGAGAGUUUCAGGAGAGUGAGGAGCAGAACAAACAGGCUGAAAGGCGCAUUAACAAUUUGAUCGGCACGCUGGCUGAGAAGGAGCGGGAGCUCAUCAGCUCGGGUCAGAAACUCCAGGAAGUGCUUGCUGCUACAUCACGAUCAGAACAAAUCAUUAAACAGCUAGAGGAGGCAGUACAGAGAUUAGAGAUAGAGAAUGCCGGGCUAGAGGCGACAUUAAAACAACAGAAUGAUCGCAUUGAAGCCAUCCAGAAACAAGCCCAAGAAGCUACUGCUGUGCGCAAUCAGUUGGAGAAUAUAGUAACGAAUUUGCAAAGCAGCAAGAUGGCUCUUGAGGAUCAGCUCAGUCGUGAGGUGCAGAAGCAGGGUAUGCUUUCCCACAAUGCCCAUGACUCUCAGGCUCUGUGGGAAGAAGAGUUAAAGAAUCGGUCACGGUUCGGUCUCCGACUGGCUGAACUGGAGAAAGAGAAAGGAGAGCUCAGCAGCCAGGUGGAGCUAGAAAAGAAGAAAGCCAAGAAGGCAGCAGAGCAGAAGAAAUCAGUGGAUGUCCGAUUGGACCAAGAGAUUAAGAGAAACACUGAACUUCAGAAAGAAGUGUACAGAUUGCGGACUCUGGUGAAAACUGCUAAGAAGAGGCUUCGGGAGCAGGAUGGAGGAGAGCUGGGUUCUCCUCUGGGGAGUCUGAGAGGAGAGACAUCCUAUCGACUGAAUGAAAACGAGGGAGCUGUCAGCAGGAUGAAGAUAAAAGUGGAUGAGCUACAGGUGCAGUUGGAGCGUGAGGUGUCACGCUGCUCUAAGCUAGAGGACACAAACCGAGAGCUGAAGGAGCAGCUUAGCUCUCUGAAGAGCCUGGGUCGCAGUCAUGAACGUCUGGAGCGCAGUAAGCAGCAGCUGGAGGAGGAGCUGAUGGUCCUGCGCAGGAGAGUGGAGGCAGGGGUCAUGGACCAGAGCCAGGCUGAGCAAUUCCGUAGAGAGACAGAGGAGAGAGCCAGGCAGGAGGUCCGGCAUAAACUAGAUGAGAUCAACCUCUUCCUGCAGACACAGGCAGCGUCUCAGGAAGCUCUGGAGCAGAUGAAGGCUGCCAAUGAGGUGAGGCAGAGAGCUGAGCUGGAGCAGCGCGUUAGGGAGCUGGAGGCCGAUCUGAGCCGCGCGCACACCACUCAGCAGGACAGUCUUCUGCAGAGAGAUUCCAGCCGCACAGAGCUCGAGCAAUACAGACAACUCUACACUGAUGAGCUGAGACUCCGGAAGAGCCUCGCUAGUAAGCUUGAGAGGUCUAAUGAGAGGCUAGCGGAGGCCAACGCAAAACUACUAAGUGAACGGCAUCGCAGCAAGUCUCUCCUCAGCAGCAGUAUAAUUAAUGGAAGUUUGGGAGGACCAGCUCUGGACGCACAUUCCUCAUUGGGCCGCCUGGGCUUGGGAGGGUCUCUGCUCAGCCCUGUGGGAGAACAGCACCCCAACCGUGUGGAGGCCUACCUGGCAAAGAUGCAGUCUGAAUUGGAGAAAAACAUAUCAAAGGAGCUGGAUCACGGAACAAGUGAGCUAGAGGGUGCUUCUACCAGGAUGUCUCCUGUGGGUUCUGCUUGCGGAUCCCAGAAGAACUUAAACCUGAAUGCGGAGCAGCAAGACACACUAAGCAGAGCCACUCAACAGUACCUGGAGGUUCUCAAGAAGAACUACAUGAUCUGAAAACAUUUCACACUAGAAAUUAGGGAAUUUCUUUUUAAUAAUGGUGGAUAAUUUAUUUGAUUAAAAAAAACAGUUGCUCCUUAAUUUCUACACAUGUUAUCAGUCAGUUGUUGUAACAUGCCCUUUAUAGCCUGUAAUAUUGUUUUUAUUUCUCCUGAUGGCUCUGUACUUGUCCUGCCUGUUGUGUAUAUUUAAUCACUCUAAGAGCUGCUUCUGCGCAAACAAGCCUUGCAAAUAAGCUUUUCUAUACAGUGAGCACUCACCUCACUUAAUAUGAUGUAGGCUAGACAGGAAAAAGAGUUACAUGAGGACAGUGUAGACAGCUUCAGGACAAAAAACAAAACAAUUACAUUACGCUACUACUAGCACCAAAAAAGGCCAAAGCCCAAACACUAACUCUCCAAUAUGUUAUUGGUAUUUUUUUUUAUUUAUGAUGCAUUGACAAUGCACUUUGUACCUCACUCAGGAGCAGGAAUAAAAGUAAAAAACAGUUCAUAUGGCAGCAAAAGCUAUAUCGGUUAUGAAAUAAAUGGGUACAUGCAGAGUGCUGCUAGACUUUUAUACCUGUUACAGAUUAAUUGUAUUUUGAAUGUACAUGAUACAAGUUCAUAUUUGUAAUUUUUAAAAAUUUUAUUUUGGAAGCCAUGGAUGUAGUACCUUGAAUAUUAUUGCCAAUUAGUCAUUAUGGUACGGUCCAUGCUGUUGUGCAAUACGUUGGUCAACAUUUUUAAUUUGUAAAAAUUGGUUAAUUUUGAUAAUGGUUCUUAUUUUUUGAGGAAAAAUAGAAUAAGACCUCUUCAUCAUGGCAUUGGGUCAUCUGGUUUGUAUGGUACAGUUUGAUGUGUUUUUUGUGUCCAUGUUAAGCAUUUCAGUAUUGCCAUGUUUUCAAAACUGAAAAAUUAAAUGGAAAAAACAGGAA